AUGAUCUCCGCCCGUAGAGCGAUCCUGGUCUCGGCCAGAACCCUCCAGAGAACAAAACCACUCCGGUUUGCUGACCCCAAAAAAAUCCGCUUGCGCGAGCCCAUUGUUCCCACACACAAGAACUUCGAUGUUUCUCCAGACCACCCACUCUGGGCCUUUUUCCGUGAUGGAAACAAAACCGAGACGGUUUUGAGAUCUAAGGAUGACUUAUCGACAGACUCUAGACCCUGGGACAUGCCAGAGUUGCGUCUCAAGUCCUUCGAUGACUUGCAUAGAUUGUGGUACCUCAAUGCACUUGAAAGAAACAGAAUUUCGACUGAGGCCGAGGUUGCCAAAGAGAUCUACAACGGAGAUGUUUCUUUGUUCACAAAACUAGACGAUAACCAUUUGAUGACGCAAAAGCGUAUCAAGCAGACGCUCUUAGAGAGACAAGUUGCAUACGAGCGUGCACAGCUUUCGUCGCCAGAAGAGUACUUGCAACUGUUCGAGGACAAGUACAUCAAUGCUGAUGAGAGCGCCAUUGCUGAGUACAACGAGAAGUUGGUGCGUUUGCAGUAUGCCAUUUUCGGUAUCGAGCCCGAUUUAUCCGAAUACAACUUGGAAGAGGACAUCAACGUGAAGUUUGUGGAGGGUCUUUCAUAUGUUGCCAAGUUGAAGCUUGGCCGCUACUUGGCCAGCAAUCCUGGUGCGCUUGAGUUGCCAUUGAAUGGAGUGAUGGAGGAGCUUCCGUUCUUGGUCCGUGACCCAGAGGUGGCAGUUGAGGAGGUUCGCGCUAUGAGAGAGGAGGGCGUCAGCAGAAAACUUGACAACAUUGAGGUGUUUGCAUUCUUGCGCAAUGCUAUUGAAGCUGUGCGUUCGGAGCCUGAGGAGUUGGCAGAGGAGGAGAACUAA